CUUGUCCCUCAACCAUGUCGACCUCGAAGAUUGGUGGCGAGUACGGUGAGGUCCGCGCGAACAUCGACGCUGCGAAGUUGAAUGCGUACCUCGCGGCGCAUGUUCCUGCAGUCAAGGCGCCCGUGGACAUCAAGCAGUUCAAGUUCGGACAGUCGAACCCCACAUACUUUCUCACAGAUGCUAGCUCCACGCGCUUCGUCUUGCGGAAGAAGCCUGCGGGCCAGCUUCUCUCCAAGACCGCGCACCAGGUCGAGCGCGAGUACACGAUGCUCCGCGCGCUGCACACGCACAACACGAAGCCCUCCACAAGCGCAGACAAGAGAGUGCCCAUCCCUGAGCCCAUCGUGCUCUGUGAAGACGUGAGCGUGGUCGGCACGCCCUUCUACAUCAUGGAGUUCCUUGACGGGCGGAUAUUCACCGACCCGCGCAUGGGCGAGGUGUCCGCACAGACACGGCGCGAAUGCUGGUUGGACGCGGUGCGCGUGCUCGGCGCGCUGUCGCAGCUUGUUCCCGCGGAGAUCGGGCUUUCGACUUUCGCACCCAACACGCCCUACUUCCCGCGGCAGAUCAAAGCACUCGCGCGCGUGUCGCAGGCGCAGGCCGAGGCGGUCGACGUCGAAACGAAUCAGCCUACCGGCGAGAUCCCGCGGUUUGACGAGAUGGUCGCGUGGUACAAGACGAACCUGCCCGACGAGCGCAAGACGGGGCUGCGCGUCGUGCAUGGGGAUUACAAGCUCGACAACCUCGUGUUCCACCCCACAGACAGCCGCGUCAUUGGCAUUCUCGACUGGGAAUUGUGUACUCUUGGAAGCCCGCUCGCGGACUUGGCGAACUUCACCCAGCCGUGGUCGAUUAGCAAGCAGGCGUUCCCCGAAGGCGUCACGCUUGCUAUUGCGUUCAAGAAUAACGAUGCGGAAGCACCUAUUGCGCUCGACGUGCUCGAGCGCGAGUACUGCCGGGUUACCCACCAGCCGUAUCCCAUCCCUGAGAUAGUCUUUGCAAGGAGUUGGAUGCUCUUCCGGAGCGCGAUCAUCAUGCAGGGUAUUGCGGCCCGCUAUGCGCGGCGACAGGCGAGCUCGGAGAAGGCACACCUGUACGUGAAGGGGUUCCCGCUGAUGGGCCAGCUGGCGUACAGCACCCUCGUCGAGGCCGGAGUUGCAGGAACGAAGGCGAAGCUCUGAUUUAGGGUCAAUAUCUGACUGGGCGCAUCUUGACUAUUGCGGAUCAUCCCGAAACCUGCAGUUACCACUGUACAUAUACUACUACUCACCGGAUUGGAUGUAUGGGGAAUUGUUUGUGACUUUGGCAACAAGAGAGUUACUCC